AUGUACGUGAACAGGCUCAACAGUAAAACGACGUUAGUCGUGACAAUCUUAGUGUUAGUGAGUGCUGUGGGUGCAAAUGUAAACUCUACUAAUGUGAUAGGUGGGAGUUCUCGUAUGGCGUGGAUGAAGUCGCUGCUAGACCAUCAUAAGUGGAUGGAGUUCAUCAACAAUGGGACUCUGUCUUUGCCACAGCAGUGCGAGCAGGACCUGAAAGCCUAUUUGAAAGGCCUCUACGAUGGUCAACUUUGGGCUUCGAAGAGUAAGUACUUUUACAUUACUGAGCUGAUAUUUUGUUAA